AUGUUAGCUUACGUUCGGUGUGCGACUUUCUUUCUUCUCGCUGGAGCAAGUCUCGCAGCAGAGACGAGGAGAUACAACUUCACCAUUACCAAUAAGUGGGACAAGGGAGAUGGUCAUGGUAGGCCUGUAUUUGCCAUUAACAAUGAGACGCCGGGGCCGUUGAUAGUGGCGGAAGAGGGUGAUGAGAUUGAAGUGUUUCUCGACAACCAGCUGGCGUUUGAGACCACUAUGCAUUGGCAUGGGAUCUACCAGAUUGACAGGCCUUGGAACGAUGGAGUUCCCGGCGUCACGCAGUAUUCCAUCCAACCCCGCGAUACCUACACCUACCGCUUCACUGUUCAGCAGCAAUAUGGAAGCUAUUUCUAUCACGGUCACUUUGGGCCUGCAUUCGCUGAUGGCAUGCGAGGUCCCAUCUGGAUUGUCCCGGCAGCAUGGAGACCAAGACCAUAUGAGCUCAUCUCGUCCUCGCCGGCAGACAUCGAGGGCAUGAAGCUUGCAGAAAAGAAUCCACAUCACGUUGUCAUCAGUGAUUGGAACGCUGAACCCAUGGAUAUCCUGCUCAUGAUGUACAGGGAUACCGGCAUUGUGCCAUGGUGUAGCAACUCCAUUGUUUUCAACGGCAAAGGCAGAACAUAUUGUCACUCGAAAGACUUGCUUGAAUCUGUCGGUGGUCCUGGUAGGGACUCACUAGGCUGCAUCCCUCAGGACCGCCAGGCGGAGUUUACGAACCUACAGACCUGCCAAGAAACGUUUGCUGACCUCGAGAUCUUUGAGGCGAAGAGUGGUGAGGAGUGGAUGUGGAUCAACUUUAUCCAUUCCGGCGCCCACCAUGAACUUCAAAUCAGCGUGGACGAGCAUGAGUUUUACGUCGUUGCUGCUGACGGUGAAUUUGUGCAUCCCCAAAAGGUCCAUGCUGCGAAUUGCAACCUUGGUGAGCGCAUCAGCAUUCUUAUCCGCUUGGACCAGAAGCCAGGCGACUACGCCAUCAGAGCCACUUCUCUCCGUCGAGAGCAGAUCAUCCAGGGUCUCGGAAUUCUUCGGUAUCCCGGCCAGGGCGCCACAGACAGACAAAAGGUCCCCGCCACUAAGCCGUGGGUGCAUCUUAACGGGACGCUCAUCUCGCCAUCAUCAGUGGCUAUGGACGAGAAGAAGCUUGCACCGUACCCCGCACGCCCGCCCCCAGCCAAAGCCGACAACACGAUCAGGUUCUUUGUUAACAUGACUGGGCCCAGCAGCUGGGCGCUGAAUAUUGGCCCUCACCAAGCAUUCCGUCAACAGUUGCCGCCGUUACUUUGGACCGAAGAGUCACGUGGUCUUACAACUUACGGAGACGACACUAAUAGUGGUUCACUACGCAAUGGCACCGUCGUCGACAUCAUUUUCGAAAAUGGCGCCAAUGUCACUUCGCAACACCCGUUCCACAAGCAUAACAGCAAGGCAUUUGUCAUUGGCACUGGGAGCGGCGGCUUUCCUUGGCCGACAGUUGAGGAUUCCAUUCGGGAUGGAGGGAUGGCAAAGUAUUUCAACUUGGUCGACCCUCCAAACCGUGAUGGAUGCAGGUUGGGCAACAGCACGGGUGACUGGACAGUCAUUCGAUACGAGAUCUCUUUUCCUGCGGCUAGUAUGCUCCACUGCCACAUGAUACAUCACUUUGCAGCUGGACAACAAGUCGUACUAUUAGAAGGUGUUGAGUCAAUGGCACCGAUUCCUUUGGCGAUGAAGGAUAGAGUGCAUUCCGAUUUCAGAGCGCCUCUUCGCUACGGGCCUUUAGACUAG